CAGAAUGAUUCCUGGAGGCUUAUCAGAGGCCAGACCUGCCACACCAGAAAUCCAGGAGAUUGCUGACAAGGUCAAACCACAGCUUGAAGAGGAAACCAAUGAGAAAUUUGAAAAAUAUGAAGCCACUGAGUAUAAAUCGCAAGUGGUCGCUGGAGUCAAUUACUACAUUAAGGUGGAUGUAGGAGGUGGUCGUUAUCUGCAUGUGAAAGUCUUCAGAGGUCUUCCAGGACAAAAUGAGGAUUUGGUACUUAGUGGUUACCAGGAUAACAAAUCCAAGGAUGAUGAGCUGACCUACUUCUAAGCAGCAAAUUCUAAAGUGACCUGCUUCCUCUCAUUGUAAAGAGAUGUGGCCAUCAGUAAAGAACCAUUCUUCAAAUAACUGUUUUUUUCCCCAUUCUUACCCACGUAUUGUAUUGACCUUUACUUUCUAGACAACAGUUCUAAAUAUGGAGCAUUUCAAAACCUACAUGUCAUCCUUGGACAUGGGCCAUGCUAAUCUCUGCAUCAUUCCAACUUUAUUAUAUACCCUGCCGAGGAGAUCACAGUGUUAAUGUUUUGGAGUACAAAUCCCACAAUAAA